AUCUCUUUUCUCUUCUCACAUUUCUUCCCUUCCAUUUCACUUUCCGUCCGCCAGCACAUACAUACCCCUUCCAGCCAAUGACUCUGCCUCCCUGACUACGGAUUACUCGUGUUGUUCGGUUUUGGCUUCUUUCAACUACUUUCAACCAUACAGUUGUAGUCUCGACUGGAUACAGUAAUCUGGGCUUAAUACUCCCAUAGAGAGUGCGAAAGUCCGUCUUUCCAAGAUGGCGCGGUCAUACUUGGGCCUCACAGGAGGCAAGCUGCAAAUCGCUAUCAGUGUCAUCGCUGGUAUGGAUUUCUUGCUGUUCGGUUACGAUCAAGGUGUCACUGGUGGUCUGUUGACCCUCCAAUCGUUCAUCAAAUACUUUCCAACUAUCGCAACCAACGGUGAAUACUAUGAGAGCUUGACUAAAGCGCAACAAAGUACCCAGUCGACUCGCCAAGGUGUCGUUGUCGCUGCGUACAACUUGGGUUGCUUUGCUGGAUCGAUUCCCACAAUUUGGAUUGGCAACAUGCUCGGUCGGCGCAAAACCAUCUUCGUUGGUUCGUUUAUUAUGUGCAUCGGAGCUUUGCUGCAAUGCACUUCCUACCAACUCGGGCAAUUCAUUGUGGGACGCUUGGUUACUGGUUUCGGAAACGGCAUGAACACCUCUACCGUGCCCACCUGGCAGUCAGAGUGCUGUAAAUCCAACCAUCGUGGAAUGCUAGUCAUGAUUGAAGGUGCCAUGAUUACUUGCGGUAUCACCAUCAGUUACUGGAUUGAUUUCGGUCUGCUAUUCGCCGAUCCAAAUGAGGUGGCUUGGCGAUUCCCGCUGGCCUUCCAGAUUUUCUUCGCCCUCAUUAUCCUGGUUUUCGUUUUGCCUCUUCCCGAGUCGCCCCGUUGGCUAAUCCUCAAGGGCCGCGAGGACGAAGCAAGGACUGUCCUGCGGUCCCUCUUGGGCGACGCUGACGAGACCUUCAUUGAGACGGAAUUUACGGCCAUCAAGGCUACAGUCUUGGAAAUGGCCAAGGGUUCGUUCCGUGACAUGUUCACCAUGACCGAGGACCGCCACUUCCACCGCGUGGUCUUAGCCUACGUCAAUCAAAUGUUCCAACAGAUUUCGGGUAUCAACCUGAUUACAUACUACAUCCCCGUUGUGCUGGAGAACCAGCUGGGUAUGACCCUCGAAAACUCCCGCUUGAUUUCAGCUUGCAACGGGACGGAAUACUUCCUCGCUUCAUGGAUUGCCGUGUUCACCAUUGAGCACUUUGGUCGUCGGACACUGAUGCUUUUUGGCGCCGCGGGAAUGUCAAUAUCGAUGGUCAUCCUUGCCGUCACUGCCAGCAUCGGUAGUAACGGAGCCAAUAUCGCCUGUAUCGUCUUCCUGUUCGUUUUCAAUACAUUCUUCGCCAUUGGCUGGCUGGGUAUGACCUGGCUGUAUCCGGCUGAAGUGGUGCCGCUACGGAUUCGCGCUCCGGCAAACGCGCUGGCGACGUCAUCGAACUGGAUCUUCAACUUCCUGGUGGUCAUGAUCACGCCAGUGGCUUUUGACAACAUUGGGUACCAGACCUACAUCAUCUUUGCGGUUAUCAACGCCUUUAUCUUCCCGGUAGUGCUCUUCUUCUAUCCAGAGACGGCCCGCCGAUCCCUGGAGGAAAUGGACCGUAUUUUCCGCAAAACCACCAGUGUCUUCAACGUUGUCAAGGUUGCUAACGAGGAACCUCACAUGUACGGCAAGCAUGGUGAGCUUCUGCGUACGCUCGAUGACGUGGAAGACGAUGCAGUCCGUCGCGCCAGUGUGCUGAGCCACCGGGCAAAGGACAUGGAGAAGGACAGUGACGAGAACACCAACAGCGUGAAGGCAUAAGCGUACACGACUGUGCUUUCUUCUUGGUCCGAACUCUCAAGGACUAUAAUGAUUUAGUGAUUGAAACAUGGGCCAUACGGCCCUAACUACUGAGCUUCGUUUAUACCCCGACUGUUUCCGUGUAUUUAGACCGAGAAACAUGCUAGUUUUGAUCUUCACGCUUAACUUCGAUUAACUCUUGC